AUGUUAUCAUUCCUACUAUUUGUUUUCUGCGUAACGGUUUCUUGGGCAGAUGCCUUCUUCGGCCGUACGCAGAGUGUCGGUGCUAGAGGUGUGCUACUUUGUUUCAACCAAGCAUUGCGCGAAACUUUGGUGAAGCUUUACGAUGCCGAUCGAGGAAUUGAUCCCGAUGAUCUGUUGGCAGAAGGUAAAACUGAUGAAGAGGGUCGUUUCGAAUUGAGCGGAUAUACUGACGAGACAACACCGAUUGACCCAGAACUCAUCAUCUAUCACGAUUGCAAUGACGAUAAAAAGCCAUGUCAAAGAGAGGUCACAAUCGAGAUACCUGAUAGUUACAUUUCGCUUGGAAAAAAGGCAAGGAUAUUCUAUGACGCUGGAAGGCUUGAACUUUCUGGAUGUGAGAUGUCGUCGUUUCACAAUUUAAUUUUAUGUCUCGUUAUUCUCUGCACUGCUUGCCCAUCGUGCGCACUGAUCGGUCGAACACAAAGUGCUGGAGUCAAAGGGCAGUUGCUUUGCCACGGAAAGCCACUGAAAGCUACUCUUGUCAAACUGUACGACGAUGAUACAGGAGUCGAUUUGGACGACCUAAUGGACGAAGGGAAAUCGGAUAGUGAAGGACGUUUCCAGCUAAGCGGUCACGUUGACGAAUUCAUGACAAUUGAUCCCAAGUUGAAUAUCUAUCAUGAUUGUGAUGAUGAAUGGACGCCUUGUCAACGAAGGAUGAGCGUUUAUAUUCCAUCAAGUUACGUGUCCGAUGGGAAAGCCGUUCAACGUUACUACGAUGCUGGACGUCUCGAGCUGUCAGGGAAAUGGAAAGGAGAAACACAACGUUAUAAAAAGUUACGAGGUUGGGGAAUAGACGCUGGAAGUCGUCAAGUACUGAAGAGGGUAGCAAACGAAACGCAGACAAUAAGAGCGAGCGAACAUUCGAUUUUCUUCACUGAAACACUGAUUGAUUGGUCUACUUUCAGCCUUAAAAUGUACUCAACAACAAUUUUCCUAACGAUCGUUUUGCUUUCGAUUUUGUCACCUGUGUCUGCUUUGGUUGGAAGAACUCAAAGUGCUGGAGUUCGUGGAAAAUUAUUCUGCAAUAACAAACCAGCGGGUGGCGUCUUAGUCAAGCUAUAUGACGAUGACAGAGGAUUCGACUUCGACGACCUGAUGGACAAAGGUAAAUCGAAUGCAGAUGGCUCGUUUGAACUGAGCGGUCACGUGGACGAAAUAACACCGAUUGAUCCCAAGUUGAACAUUUACCACGAUUGUGAAGACGGAUUCAUGCCAUGCCAACGGAAAAUUUCAAUUAUGAUUCCGGACAAAUACAUAUCGGAAGGAAAUGUCGCACGUAAAUUUUACGACGUUGGAAGUAUAGAACUGUCCGGUAAAUUCAAGGGCGAAACCAGAGACUGCUUCCACUAA